CAACACCCCGGCUUUCCACGUAACAUUCCGAUAAAUAAUAAUCUAGAAACAAAAAUGUCUGCUCCAGAAGCCCCAAGAAGAAACUUUGGUAGAAACAACAGAAGAGGUGGUAGAAACAACAGAAGAGGUGGUGAAGAAAAAGGAUGGGUUCCAGUCACCAAAUUAGGUAGAUUAGUGAAAGCUGGUAAAAUUACUUCUAUUGAAGAAAUUUACUUACACUCUUUACCAGUUAAGGAAUUCCAAGUUAUCGAUCUCUUAUUACCAGAAUUGAAAGAUGAAGUUAUGAAGAUCAGAUCUGUUCAAAAACAAACCAGAGCUGGUCAAAGAACUAGAAUGAAGGCUGUUGUUAUCAUUGGUGACUCUAACGGUCACGUUGGUUUAGGUAUCAAAACUGCUAAGGAAGUUGCCUCUGCCAUUAAAGCUGCCAUUGUUAUUGCUAAAUUAUCUAUUAUCCCAAUUAGAAGAGGUUACUGGGGUUCUAACUUAGGUGCUCCUCACUCUUUACCAACUAAGGUUACCGGUAAAUGUGGUUCCGUUUUAGUUAGAUUAAUCCCAGCCCCAAGAGGUAAAGGUAUUGUCGCUUCCCCAGUUGUUAGAAAAUUAAUGCAAUUAGCUGGUGUUGAAGAUGUUUAUACUACUUCUUCUGGUUCUACUAGAACUACCGAAAACACCUUAAAAGCUGCUUUCGUUGCCAUUGGUAACACUUACGGUUACUUGACUCCAAACUUAUGGGCUGCUCAACCUUUAGCUCCAUCUCCAUUAGAUGUUUACGCUGAAGAAGCUGCUGCUGGUAAAAGAAGAUACUAA